CACCGGAUAUCAUUAGCAACAAAGUAUAACCGAAAAACGGACUUAAACACGCGGAAGAGUAGCGACGCCGAUCGAACUUGCUAUCGUACCGAAACCACUGUUCUCAUCUCAUUCUACUUCACAACCCUUUUCUAUUUUGGUUCAGACAGGUUGAGUGGAGCUGUAAGAGGGACGCAAGUAAGCUGUAAGCUGAAAUAACGAGGAACUGUCAAAACAAAUCGCCUGCAGUUUGACAAUCAUGGUACGGAAAGUGACCUUAGCUACAUGUUCUCUGAACCAGUGGGCAAUGGAUUUCUCUGGAAAUAAAACUCGGAUCAUCGAGAGUAUACGGCAAGCAAAACAGAAAGGUGCCAGCUACAGGGUGGGACCAGAACUAGAAAUCACUGGGUAUAGCUGUGCUGAUCACUUCUUGGAGGAAGAUACAUUCCAGCAUUCUUUGGAAGUUCUGUCUGAGAUAAUGACCCACAGUGACUGUCAGAAAAUAGUUUGUGAUGUUGGAAUACCGAUCCUGCACAACAAUAUUGCAUACAAUUGCCGUGUGAUAUUUUAUAACAAGCGAAUACUUUUAAUUCGUCCCAAGCAGAAUAUGUGCAAUGAUGGGAACUACCGAGAGAUGCGAUGGUUCACGGGUUGGUCGAAGAUUAGACAUUGUGAAGACCAUGUCCUACCGAAAUUUAUUCAGGAAAUCUGUGGCCAGAAAACUGUGCCGUUUGGGGAUUGUGUUCUCAAGUUUGAUGAUAUUACCAUCGGAUUUGAAACCUGUGAAGAACUUUUUGGGCCACAGAGCCCAUUCAACUCCUUGUGUCAGGACAGUGUUGAUGUUAUCAUGAACAGCAGUGGCAGUCACCAUGAACUACGCAAGGCCAAUAUAAGAGUACAACAUAUACAGUCAGCAACAAGAAAGGGUGGUGGUGUGUAUGUCUACUCAAAUUUUCUUGGCUGUGAUGGUGACCGACUCUACUUUGAUGGGUGUUCCUCAGUUACUAUGAAUGGUAAGACCCUUGUCCAGGGUCCACAGUUUUCUGUCAAAGAUGUUGUGGUUCUCGUGGCCACAGUAGACCUGGAUGAUGUUGUCAGUUACCGGAAUCAGACUAAAAGUUUCUGCUUAACAGCUACAAACCAUGAAAGCUUUCCCCAGGUUCAACUCCCUAUUUCAUUCUCCACUAACAUGUUUGCCAAGACAAAUGAGCCAAUAGAAUGGCAGUAUCACACACCUGAAGAAGAAAUAAGCUUGGGUCCAGCCUGUUGGCUCUGGGACUAUCUGAGACGUUCUGGAAUGAAUGGAUUCUUCUUGCCCCUGAGUGGAGGAAUAGACAGUUCGAGUGUGGCCUGUAUAGUACACUCAAUGUGUCGUUUGGUGCAUGAAGCAGUCGUCAAUAAAGAUGCUACUGUUAUUGAAGAUCUGAAGAGGAUUUUGAAUUCUGACCAGAUACCAGACACACCGGAAGCACUUGCGAAUCAGUUGCUUACCACAUGCUACAUGGGAUCAUCAAACAGCUCAACUGAGACUCAACAGAGAGCCUCAGAUCUUGCGGGUCAAAUUGGAAGUUACCACCUGGAAAUCAGCAUCCAGACUAUUGUGGACACGAUUCUGGUUGUGUUCAUAGCAACCAUGUCGGUCACGCCUAAGUUUAGAAAGUUUGGUGGGACUUAUCGGGAAAACCAGGCCUUACAGAAUGUUCAGGCUCGGAUCAGGAUGGUACUAGCAUAUUUAUUUGCCCAACUGACUCUCUGGGCACGGGGUAAACCUGGAACUCUCCUUGUCCUUGGUUCAGCAAACAUAGAUGAAAGUCUCCGUGGCUACAUGACAAAAUAUGACUGCUCCAGUGCUGACAUUAACCCCAUCGGUGGAAUCAAUAAGACGGAUCUCAGGAAGUUUGUAGAAUACUAUAUGUCUCAUAUCCAACUGCUCUCUCUCAAGAAAAUUGCUGAUGCUCCUGCUACGGCUGAAUUAGAGCCACUGGAAGAUGGCAAAGUGGCACAAACUGAUGAGGAGGACAUGGGAAUGACAUACCAGGAGCUGUCAAUAUUUGGAAAUCUUCGCAAAAAGCAGAGAUGUGGACCUUACAAUAUGUUUGUGAAGCUGAUGUCGAUAUGGUCUGGUGAGGAAUUUGGGGAAAGCUUUCCUGAAGUAGUGUCCGACAAGGUGAAACACUUUUUCCGUUCGUAUUCAAUAAAUCGUCACAAAAUGACGGUGUUGACACCAUCCUACCAUGCUGAGAGCUACUCUCCUGAUGACAAUCGCUUUGAUCUCCGUCCUUUCCUCUACAAUGUCAAGUGGAACUGGCAGUUCCAAAAAAUUGACGACGCCGUCAAGAUGAUACGACACCAAAACGACAGCAUUAAGGUUGUCUGAGAUGAAUAUUCAAACAGGAACAAGUCGUCCAUAUUUUUUAAUCCAGACAACAGAUGAACCAUUUGGCAGAUGUGAAAUAAAGUUUUAUAUUUUUCCUUGGAGUA